CCUGGGAUUUCACUGGUUUACUAAGGACUGGAGUUCAAUUAAUAGACUAUUUUUUGUGACAAAGUCUUAUGAAUUCACCUGAUCUCAUUUGUUUUCUCUCAUCUGAACAGGCUUUCCAGUUUCCAAACCUGAUGUGAUCUCCCAGCUGGAAGAAAGGGAAGAGCCGUGGGUCCCAGACCUCCAUGGUUCAGAGGAAAGAGAGAUCCUGAGAGGUCCCUGCACAGGUGAGGCGAUGGUGAGUGAGAAUGAGGCGCAGAAUUCUCAGCAGGAAGAUGCUGAGCAAGUGGAAUCACAUGGAGCAUUAUCGCAAAGAUCCAAAGGGGAUGUGUCCAGGAGUCAUGAGGAGGGACAAUCCUGUGAGAUUCAGCACAAACCAGAGAGGGAGCAGGGAAACCAGCCAGAGGAGAAAAUGGGUAAAUUAAUUUAUUUUUGGGGCACUCAGAAGGACCUCAAGGAAACCACGGCCCACCAGAAAACCCUUGGGGGAAAGAGUAAAAAUACACACACUGAAUGUGGGAAAAAGUUUAGUCACUGCUCAGCCAUUUUAAAACAUCAUGGAAUCCACAUGGGGGAGAGACCAUACGAAUGCUGUGAGUGUGGGAAAAGCUUCACUCGGCGCUCGCACCUUAUUACGCAUCAAAAAAUCCACAAAGGUGAGAAACCCUAUGAAUGCUGUGAGUGUGGGAAAACCUUCAUUCAGAGCUCAGACCUUAUUAUACAUCAGCGAAUCCACACUGGAGAGAGACCCUAUGAAUGCUGUGAGUGUGGGAAAAGCUUCACUCGGCGCUCACAACUUAUUACGCAUCAGAGAAUCCACACAGGUGAGAAACCCUAUGAAUGCUGUGAGUGUGGGAAAACUUUCACUCAGAACUCAGACCUUACUACGCAUCAGAGACUCCACACAGGGGAGAGACCCUAUGAAUGCGGUGAGUGCGGGAAAAGCUUCACUCGGAGCUCACAUCUUAUUACGCAUCAGAGAAUCCACACAGGAGAGAAACACUAUGAAUGCUGCGAGUGUAGAAAAAGCUUCACUCGGAGCUCAGAACUUACUACACAUCAGAGAAUCCACACAGGCGAGAGACCCUAUGAGUGCUGUGAGUGCGGGAAAAGCUUCACACAGAGCUCAAGCCUUACUAGACAUAAGAGAAUCCACACAGGAGAGAAACCCUAUGAGUGCUGUGAGUGCGGGAAAACUUUCACUCAGAGCUCAGACCUUACUACACAUCAGAGAAUCCACACGGGGGCGAGACCCUAUGUAUGCUGUGAGUGUGGGAAAAGCUUCACUCGGUGCUCACACCUUAUUACGCAUCAGAAAAUCCACAAAGGCAUGGAGCCCCUCAGCUCCCUGUGGCCACGG